CACCGGUCACAUGGGCUGCCCAACUAGGCCUUUCGAGGAGUUUUGAUUUGCUAAUAGGCGCGCUGUCACUGGCCCGUUACCCCGGAUUCCUCCAUUGCAGCAAUGCUCCCAGGUUGCCCUAUGCCCUAUUAAAUACUCUAAUAUUACUAUCCUCCAAUAUGAGCCUGUUAGCGACAGCAUUGCGGGCCCAUUCUAGACUGAGCAGGGCAGGGGCGCAGGCUGAGUCGGCCUCACGUGCCCCAUUGCCCAAAGAAUACUCCUGUCUCCUCUCUUGUGUCUGUCUAUAUUGCCGCAUACCACUGCCUUCAAUGCUGCCAUCGCCCGUUGACAAGUGAGAAAGUUAUACACGAUGGACAUCAUCAACAACAAACUCGCCAUGCUGGCCAACAGCACCUCCGCCCUCCGUAACCCAUCCUCCCGCAUAUGCACCAACUGCAAAAAGCGCGAACCUCCCAACGCCGACCCAGACCAAAAACUCAAACGCUGCGCCCGCUGCCGAAAUCGGCUGUACUGCUCUCGAGCCUGCCAGCGUGUUGACUGGAAAAGCGGACACCAGCGAGCCUGCCGACCGCUAUCCAUAUCACUAUCCAAACCUAUACAAACAGUCGAGAAGAAGAGUUGCUUGGCAGGCCUAGCCGAGGACGACGCCAUGGACCAGCUCAUCGACGCCUAUCGGCUACGUGUUGAGGACGAGAAGACGUACCGCGGGACUCUGCGGGGACGCUAUGCAGAGGGCGAGGAUGGCGCUGUGGUGCGGGAUUUUCAGCGGUUUCUGGAUUUAGCAGAGGCACGGAGAGAGCUGGAUAGGAAUGGAGAGGAGAGGGUGUUGCCGGACUGGUGGGAUGUGCAGAAACGAGAAGAGUGUGAGUCGAGGGCGAUGCAGAGUCAGGCGUGGUCGACGUUGUGGAGGGCGGUAAGCAAGAAUGAUAUUCUCGAGCAUUAUCGGGAUAGUGCGAUGCCGAUGAAGCUGCGUAUGCUAGCGGAGGCAGUGUAUGGAUAUAAUGUCAUGGAUCAGUCACGAUGAUUACUCACAUUUACAUUUACAUCUACGUUACUAUUCUAUUUACCCACGCAACAUUUGUAUGA